CACCACCAACAUGGCCGCCGGAAUUCCCCUUACGCCAACGACGGGAGCCCUUUCGUGCCUACUGAGCAUGCGCCGAGCGGUCGCCCACUGAUGACGUUAUCGCUUCGCUCUGCCACGUCUCUCCUGGGCAGCUGCGGAGAGUAAAGGGAAGAAGAAGAAGAGCCGGGGAGCCCGAGGCUGCAGAAAGACCCCGCUCACCCCCCCAGGACGUGCACCCUGCAUGGGCCCAACAUGCAGCAGACAGACCCCUGCCAGACACCUGCCCCGACCGAUGACUGAGCUUCCGCUGCCCGUCCAUGUAGCUGACAAUUCCCGCUCGCCGUAUCGUAGGCCUCGGAGUGGAGCUGACUGUUGGAUGUGUACCGGUACCUUGUCAUGCCCGGCGGAAGAAGGGGUCCUAGCCGGCAGCAGUUGAGCCGUUCCGCGUUGCCCUCGCUGCAGACUUUGGUUGGCGGGACGUGUGGCAAUGGCACAGGGCUGAGGAACAGGAAUGGAAGCGCCGUCGGCCUGUCCGCCCCUCCGAUAACCGCUCUGAUCACCCCCGAGCCGGUGCGUCACUGCCGUAUUCCUGACCUGCCGCUGGACGGGAGUCUUCUCUUCGAGUUCCUCUUCUUCAUCUACCUUCUGGUGUCGCUCUUCAUCCAGUACAUUAACAUAUAUAAGACGGUUUGGUGGUAUCCGUACAAUCACCCGGCCUCUUGCACUUCAUUAAAUUUCCACCUCAUUGACUAUCACUUGGCAGCUUUUAUCACAGUAAUGUUAGCCCGGCGCCUGGUCUGGGCCCUCAUUUCACAGGCUUCUCAGGUAGGAUCGGCAUCUAUGUUCCAGUAUGGCGCUCUGAUCACCGCCCGCCUGGUCCUGCUCACCCUGUGCGGGUGGGUUUUCUGCUGGACCCUCGUCAACCUGUUCCGCAACCAUUCAGUUCUGAACCUGCUCUUCCUGGGCUACCCGUUUGGGGUGUACGUACCUCUCUGCUGCUUUCACCAAGACAACCGCUCGCAGCCUCUGCCCACAGACUGCGGAUACCUCGUCCAGGACUCGCUGGUGGAGGACGGUGCUAAUGGCGUGGCCAGCCUCGUCAGACCCAAAGACUUCCUCUCCCUCCUGCGCGAGUCUUUGAGGGAGCAGUUCAAUUCGCCCCCUUCCAUCCCCUCCCACAGCUGCCCGCUGUCCCCCGACCUCAUACGCAACGAAGUGGAGUGCUUAAAGGCCGACUUCAACCGGCGGAUCAAGGAAGUCCUCUUCAACUCCUUAUUCAGUGCCUACUACGUGGCUUUCCUGCCACUGUGCUUCGUAAAAAGCACUCAGUAUUACGACAUGCGCUGGUCGUGUGAGCACCUCAUCAUGGUGUGGAUCAACGCCUUUGUCAUGUUGACCACACAGCUGCUGCCGCCCCGAUACUGCGACUUGCUGCACAGGUCGGCGUCCCAUCUCGGGCGGUGGCAGAAGCUAGAGCCCGGCUCGUACAGCAACGCACCGCAGCAUAUCUGGUCAGACGGCACGGUGUGGCCGCAGGGCGUCCUCGUACGGCACAGUCGGAGUUUAUACAAAGCUGUGGGGCCGUAUAAUGUAGCAGUGCCUUCAGAUAUCUCACACGCCAGAUUUUACUUCCUGUUCCACCGGCCGUUACGACUACUGAAUGUCCUGGUGGUCCUGGAGGGCGUCCUGGUGAUGUAUCAGCUGUACUCCCUGCUCCGCGCCGAGAAGUGGAACCACACCCUCUCCAUGGCGCUCAUCCUCUUCUGCAACUAUUACGUCUUGUUUAAGCUCCUACGGGACAGGAUAGUAUUGGGGAAAGCGUAUUCUCACCCCCUCAACAGCUACGGACUCAAACCCCACUGACGCCGUGCAGCUCGUUCUCGCCAUAGGACAGACCGCGCGACCGCGGAGGAAGAGAAAAGAGCCGAGGGGGAGGGGAAGGGGGGGGGGGGGGGCUGUGCAAAGAAAAAAAAAAAUCUGAAAAAAUAUUUUCAUACACUUCUAUUUUUUUCUGCCAAUGUUUAUAAAUAUUUAAGAUAUUUUAUAUUUUGUAUACAAUUUUUGUUUUUGUUUUUUCUUUUUUGUGUUCACUCGUCAAGAGGAGCGGUCACCGGGAAAACCAAAAAAUAACGCAGGAAUUCUCUUUUAGACGUGCAUGUCCCAAAGAGAAAGCAUUACCGCUCCCAUGUAUUAUGUGAGAAGGGGGCUUCAGACGGAGGUGGAGGUGGUGGUGGUGGUAGCGCCCCCCCGGAGGCCCUCUCAGUGUUCAGCAGAUUUCAGAGCCACUUGCCUGUGUUAUCGCAGAGCUUAAUAGUAUUGAAAAGAAAAUAAUAAUAAUAAUAAAAAAAAAGUUCAUUUUCAUAAUGUGUUGCUUUCUCCGAGGAGGGGGAGGGCGGCUGAAGGGUUAAUU